AAAAAAGGAAAAAUAGUUAUCAAUGAAACUUAAUCGUUAAGACAAUAAUUGUGUUUUGUGUUAUUUAACUCUUUGGUGCACGCGAUCUUUUUUUUAAUGAAAAAAUUGUUUGAUUUUGAAAAUAAAUGGCACACAACUUCUUAGACAUUUAUUGAAAUUUCUGUAUCCUAUGUACUACCAUUUAUAACAUAUUUAAUUGUACACAUAUCAAUUAAUUUGCUAAAUAAUUCUACCAAAGUUCAGUCCAAAAUUUCAAUUUUCACAUUUCUAAAAUUAGUUUCAAAGUGCAAAGUCCAAAUUGUGUCUCUUAUCAAACACCAAUAAUAUACUAUUAUUUAUUUAAUCAAAAACAUUCGAGAUUUUCAAUGCGGUGAAUAUGGUUAAAUUAACAACAAUAUUUUAUUUUGUUUAAGAAUUUAAUAAAAACCUUAAAAUUUGUCGCUUUAAAGUUGAAAAGUCGCAAUCAAAAUUGUUGUUGUUAUUGUCCUUGUCCGGCUAACAAUUUGUUUUCAGACUUUUUGAUUUUGAUUGAGUGCAAUGAUCCGAACAACAUCUACUCGUCUGACGACACAAUGCUUAAAUGUUUUGCGUUCAACGACAGCUUCGACAUCAAAGGGUGAGAAAAGAUAUCAGGGUAAUAUUGCCACAGAAAGGUCUGGAGAUGGAGAUAAAAAUCUUCAUUAUAGCAAUGAGGAAGGACACUGGAAGAGUUCGUCAAUGGAACCAGUUACAAUUCAAAAUAUGACUCUGGAUAAAUAUGUGUGGCAAAACUUUAAAAAAUGGGAAAACAAAACGGCAACGGUUUGUGUAAUCACAGGACGUGAAUAUACAUAUGCUAAACUGCGCGAUUCGAGUGCUGCUUUAGCUAUACAACUUCAACAUAAGUUCAAGCUUAAUCCACGGGAUGUACUUGCUGUUUGCUUGCCGAAUUUACCAGAAUUUCCAAUAGCUUCAUUGGGUGCAGUUGAAGCUGGCUUAGCGGUAACCACUGUAAAUCCACUUUAUACAGCAGAGGAAAUCGGAAGGCAACUUACAUUGAGCAAUGCAAAAUGUAUAAUUGGUACUGUGAAGUACUACCAAGUACUUAAAGAUGCUUGUGCUGUGGCUAAGAAAAAUAUACCCAUCAUUACGAUUCGGACAAGCAACAGUGAUUCAAUUCCAGCCGGUGCAGCUGACUUUUUUGAAUUAAUCAACACCACCAAUGUAGACUAUAGUACCUUAAAAGAAACGGGAACCCACCCCGAUGACGUCGUUUUUCUGCCAUUUUCAUCAGGCACGACUGGACUUCCAAAAGGUGUACAAUUGUCUCACGACAAUAUAACAAUAAAUUGCGAACAAACACAAGCAAAGUUUCCAUAUGAAACCAUUUUGCAAGAAACUACCGAAACGCACCAGGAGGUUGUACCAAGUGUCUUGCCGUUCUUCCAUAUAUACGGUCUAACGGUUGUUAUGUUGUCGAAGCUAUUUCUUGGUAUUAAAUUAGUUACACUCCCUCAAUUCAAGCCUGAUGAUUUGAUAAAGGCUCUUUAUGACUUUAAAGGCACUUCCUUAAAUUUGGUACCACCAAUCGCCAAUUUUUUGACCAACUCACCAAAAGUUACGGCGGAACAUGCUCCUAAUCUUCGAAUGAUUAUGUGUGGAGCAGCACCGAUUGGCCAGUCGGAUAUUGAACGCAUGUUAAAAAAGUUUCCCAAUUGCUCGUUUAUGCAAGGAUAUGGCAUGACUGAAUUAUCUCCUGUUGCCCUGAUGUCACCUAAUAACUUUACCAAGUACAGCUCAAUCGGUCAACUAGUUGGAAGUACGGACGGCAAAAUCGUGUCUUUGGAAAACAAUGACGGCAAGGGUUUGGGUCCAAACCAAACUGGUGAACUAUUAAUACGAGGACCUCAAACAAUGCUCGGUUAUUUAAAUAAUGAAGAAGCAAAUAAAGAUAUAUUCCGAGAAGGUGCUCCUGGCUCAUCGAGAUGGCUACGAACUGGAGACGUAGCAUAUUACGAUGAAGAAGGUUCGUUCUAUAUCACCGAUCGCAUGAAAGAACUGAUUAAAGUUAAAGGCUUCCAAGUACCACCAGCAGAGCUUGAAGAAUGCCUUCGGAGUCAUCCAAAAAUCUUGGAAGCUGGUGUCAUUGGUAUACCACAUAGUCAACAUGGCGAACUACCAAAGGCAUUUGUAGUCUUAAGACCGAAUGUUGAAGCUAGUGAAGAAGAAAUUAAGGAGUUUGUAGCGGAAAAGGUAGCCCAUUAUAAACACCUGGAAGGUGGAGUCCAGUUCAUAGAUGAACUUCCUAAAAAUCCCUCGGGGAAAAUUUUAAGAAAAGAUUUAAAAUCUAUGUAGGUACUGGUACUGUUAAAGUAUUUGUUAUAUAAUUAAGUUUUAAAUAUUAUUUUGUUAAAAAAUAUAAAUGUGUAGCGUACAUAAUAUGUA